GUACCCAAAUUGCAAACAUAGGGCAAAUAUCUUCUUAACUGGCACUCAAGCCAAAUAAAAAGAUUUGUUUGUAGGGUUAUAUGUGUACAUCUGUAAUCGUUCACAAAUUGCUCGGGCAAUUGGCUGGUUAACAGCGGCAGCUCCGCGGGCCAAUCAGAGCGCAGCAGCAGCGGAGCCGUCUGCUAUUAGAGGCACGGAUCACAAGUCCUUCAACAGAGAGCAGAGAGAGGGGGCAGAGCGAUGGCAGCCAUUUUCAUAAAACAAGACUCAGUGGCCUAGAUGGGUUUCCUUUGUUCCUAAAGGGAUCUUAUACCUGAUUUCCUCAUCUCUCACGGACUAUGAUAAAACUAUGAUUCCUCCCUUUAAAGGAUUGAGAAGAAGGAAGAUAAUGUACUGGAUGUAAUACCCUGUGACAUUUUGAGCCUUUUUUUCUCUGCCUGGAAUCCAUCUUUGUCUUAACUAGGUCAUGGCACACCCAUAUAAUAGUAUUUAUCUUUAUUAAGUGAAAAGAAACCAAAUGAUGUGAAUAAACAGCUUCAAAGAUUUGGAAAUGUUAACUUAGAGAAAAACACAGUUAUAGUACAAAUUGUGUAGGCACUGCACUUAAUGGCCUUGUAGGAUAUGAGUGGAUAUAAGUAAGUCCAACUCUUUUGUAAUCAUUUAAAGAUGUGGUAAUUUAGAACUGUUAAAUAGAAGGCAUGCAUUACUGUACUGUAUUGAGCUUUCCUCAAAUUAAUCACAACUGAGUUGUGGCAGUCAACUUUUUUUUUUCCUGUAUGUUCACUAGCAUGCGGACAUGAAAUGUGCAGCUUACAUGCAAGUUAUGUGGUAGUGCUCCUGGGCCAUGGGUAGUUUAUGGCCUAUUGCUAAAUAGUUUCAUUGUGCUGUUUGACAGUUGACUAAUCUCCCCUUUGACUUUGAUAACUACCUUGUAAGACUUUUGUCCCAGUAGUCGUUUCACCCUGGUGCCUGUUGUACCUUCCUGUGACUGAAGACGGCUUAAAGCAGGAUUAGGUGUUGGCUGCCCAUGGGUCAGUUCAGAACCUAACGUGUUGCAAUUAAGGUUGGUUUGACCUUGCUUCAAGGGCUCAUUUUAACUUUUUAAAGAAGUCAAGUUGAGCAGCAUUUUCAUAGUUUCUACAUCGACAUAAAAUAGACUUUCAAACUUCAGAGGAAGCAGAUGGAGGGAAGUUCUGAUGAUGAAAUAUAUUUACCUCAGCACUUUGGUGAAAAGCAGCUAACAGGCCUAAACACAGGGACAGGACGAAUGUUUGCAGCUCCAUCUUCGGACCCUCUAAUAUUGGCAUUACUAAGCCUCGCCUGAAAAAGAAGGAAUCCAUUACCACCACUGAUAACAGAGCUCUUUUGACAGCUUUUUGAUGAGUGUAGGCAUAGCCUCUAAGCCAGUGAAUAUGCAUCUUCAAGCAUCAUCUGUGUGGGCAAUAUGCAAACCAUCUCUCUCCUUGAAGACAGGAUUGCAGUCAAGUAGAACUACUCUUUCGACCAGUUUUACUAAGCUAUAAGACUACAACGAUAUAUUGAACAGGUAAUAAUGGUUUCUGUGCUGUCUAAGUUAAUUUGUUAUUUUACGUCUAAAUGUUAAUUGGCUCAAGGCUUUAUUCCAGACGGGACAGAGACGUUAUACAACUAACUGUAGCCUACUUAAAACCUUUUAUGUUUAGCUAUUUACUGUUACUGUAAAAUAAAACUGUAACAUAUUUUGAAUAGCAUUUUAGGUUUACACAAAAUAUUCAAAACAUGUAGUUCAAAACGUUUUAAAGAGAAAAUGAAUUUUAAGAGGGUAAAUAUCGUUUAUUUUUAGUGUUUCCCUGUCUUUUAAUAACCCUUUUCUAGUCGCGUAGGCUCCACUGGCUCAGUGCUUUCCCUGCUGUUCUGUCUCAAAAUGGCUUCUUUACAGACAAAGAACAGUGUGCAGUGAAAUGUUGCUGCGCCAUUACUGGGUGAGGCUCGGCCACUGGAUGACGGCGGUGAACGCCGAACACACUUCAUAGUUUGUCUGAGGAAUGCAAUGGAAGAAGGACUCUGUACCGACCGACACGGGGGUGAUUUUACUGGAAAGGGUGUGUUUGUUUUACAAGAAGUAAAGGAGAUCAGAUCGGUAGGAAAGGAGCGAUUGUAGUGCGUAGUCUUCUGUUGGUUGCUGGGUUGACUCGCCCUGGCAACGGCUGUAAUCCGAGAGCUCUGGACGGUUGCCACGACAGCCCACUGCCCCUCCCCCCGCUGUGCAGGCACUCACUGCCAUAUAAGGUCAAUAGGAAUCCUCUGCAGCAGCGGCUGUUGUUCUAUGUGUGGGCGAAAAUGUUCAGCCGGUCCUUCGGGCUUCCGUACUUAUUCUGUUUCUGUCUCCAGCCAAAGAUUGUCAUUUUAUCACCGUCAUAUUUGCCUCAAGCCCUACAGACUUGAUGGUUACAAACAAGAUUCGAUUCUGUCGUUUGUUCGCCAGUGGAGAUGAACACAGAAGGGAUUCUCUUAAUUCGCGUGCGUUAAAGGGGUCUCGACACGCGCGCCUUUCAGGUGCCUUUAGUUUUAGUCUUUUUAACGUGUCCACUCAUUUAAUACACAUAUUAUUAGUUCUGUUCGUACUGUCACAGGCCUUUUUUAUUCUAAACACUCCUGUCUGGCGGAUACAUGCGCGCAUUCUUCCAUUGUUGGUCACGAGGCUGUGGAGACUAAAAUCCCUAUUUCACUAAAACAUACGGUAAAAUGGGAAGAAAUGUUUUGGCUUGUUUAGUAUCAGGUCCGAUGUGAGUCAGUUAGUGUAGGUUUGACCCGUUUAGGUUUGUAUCAAACAGUCCCCGGUGGGUCCAGUCAGGUUUACGGGCUGACUUUCUGGAAUAUUCCACCCAGAGGACUGACCUGGUUCUGAGGACACAUCUACACGGUCCCGGACUAAAAAAAAAACAUGGUUUUGACUGAUUCUUUUGGGUCUGAACACCAAUGGAUAUGUUGUGUCCCUGCAGGAUAAAAUAAUGUUUUAUUUGCUUAUUUAUUGUGUUAGAGCUCCACUUUUAGCAGUAAGUCAAGGAAGCCCUCUUCUAUUAUGUACAGCUCUUCUAAUUUCAGUGUUCUUUCCAUUCACUGUUGGAGAUGCUGUUUCUGUUUGUGAUUCAGUCCUUCUUAUUCCUCCUGUGAAGCUUCAGUCUUAUUGACGGAAUGAACUGAACCACAGCAGACAUCUUCAGUAUUUUUCCAUUUGUUGGUAUGUUCUCCUGUGCAAGAUGUUGUAGAUUGUUGGUGAUGUUUCUCUUUCAGUGAAACUGUAGGAUCUCUUCUUUCUACAGAGCUCUCUACUCUUUUUGCAUGCAUUGUGUAGAUAGAAAUGCAGUGUUUGUUCAUUAGUCUUUGAGAAUAUUAUCACCUGUGUGAGCUUUUCACAUAUUUAAAUAAAUAGACUGUACACUAGUGUCUUUGGUUGGUUUUGUGGAAAAUGAAGGUGGUUCUUAUUUUUGUUCUAUUAUUGCAAUUUUUAAAAUGAAAAGCAUUAUAAACUUUACCGUGUCUUUAUGUCUACCACUGAAAUUAACUGUAUUUAAGUCUGUCAUGCAGGAGGGAGCUGAAAAUGCUUUGAUCACAUUUAACAUGAGGCUUAAACGUCUUUUCAUUAAUAUGAAUAUUCACUUUUUAAUGUGCAUAUAUAUUUGGGUCCAGUAUUAUAUAAUACCACAUUACAUGUGUUUUCGUAGAAUAGGCAUUGUGAGCUCAUCGCCUUAAAGGGACGGUUUUCUUCCAUUUUUAGCUGACGUGGAAGGUGUAUAUCUCUACUUGCUGAUUUUUAGCAUAUUUAAUUCAGUAUUAGUUUGAUUUUAUUUGAGUUUAUAGACUGUGUAUAUGGCAGACCAGAUUGUCAACUUAAACUGACAUACUUGAUCAUUUAGUUGAUGAUUCCUCUUGAAUUCCAUGACUUGGUUUCUUCUGUCUCCCACCGUAAACUACUGACAUCAGACAUGAUAUGACUGCCAUCAUUUCUUAGCACGAAAAACCAAACAAAUGAUUAAAAUGUCCUUUACUGUUCCCUCUGCAGCUAAUGUGAAACAACUUCUAACAUCUGGUUGAGUUGGAUCACUGUGUGACAAAUUACUUAAUAAAUGUGUGAUAAAACUGGCAGUAGUGCCAGACAAAUGUACAUGUAGGGUUUUCAUGUGUUGAGGAUGUUACGUUGACUUAAAUUCAUUUACACACCUGAGCCAGUGGAAAUCAGUCCAAAAGCCCCAUAAUAUAAUGAACACACAUAACUCAAUGGUUUUGCAUUUAAAUUAUUCUCUUGAUAGUAUCUCUGAAUGAAAUUCCACUGUAUAUAAGAUAUUUGGUUUGUUGUUGAAUGAGAAGAGUAGAUGUUCCUAUGAUGAACAGUACACACUGAACAGAAAAUACCACGAAAAGAAAACAAUGCAGUGAAUACAAAUAAAAUAAAGUUACGGAUUUAUUUAAAAACAAAGGAUGAAUUGUGUUAAAUCAGACAAUUAGUUACAGAUUUAAUAAAUUACUGUUUAAUACAAACAGAAUGUGUGUAUUUGGUUAUUGUGAGCAUAUAAUCCCAUACAGCUUCAGACUAGUAUUUAAUCAUGUACCAUUAAAAAAGUCUUUAGUAAUUCAAACAUUUGUCUGACAGACACUGAAAUUCUACACAUCACAUGGAUCUAAAGAAGUGGGUCAUCUGAAUGUGAAUAUGUGAGAUAUUUGAAGUAUUAGUUCUGCGUUGGUCCAUCACUGUCAUCAGAGCAGCUUCAACAAGAACCUCUGAUAAACAUCUGAAAAUGUCACUGCAAAUAAAAUGGUACUGAACUUGAGUUUUGAGACAUAUUUGGUUGUGUGUGUGACGCUCAGUGCCACAGAUUUCUAUCCACCCAAUACAGACGUGUAAUGAAAGAAGUCAGAGUUGUAUGCAGAAGUAGAGAUGGUUUCAGAGUUUUGUCAGAUCAGAGGGAGUUGGACGGGUCGACUGGAAACAGCCCCGCUGUGACAGGAACAGGAAGUGGUGAGAAGACUCAGAAACCGGCUGAAAGAUGAGCUUUGUCUGUUCCUCUGUCUUCACAUCAACUCUAAAUAAUUUCAUCAGGCUUUGUCAUGUUUUUAAUUUAACUCUGGGGGGAGAUAAUUCAAGUCUGUCCUGCUUGACUCUGGCUUGAGACUUUGGAGGCAAAAUGACUCAAAACAGUAGCAGGAGUGGUACCGGUACCACGAGGAAGGGCAGUGAACUGAAAAUUGUGAUUGUGGGAGAUGGAGGCUGUGGGAAAACAUCUCUGCUGAUGGUUUAUGCCAAAGGAGAUUUUCCAGAGAAAUAUGCUCCAUCAGUGUUCGAAAAAUAUGUCACCACUAUCUCCCUCGGAGGAAAAGAGAUAAAGCUUAACCUGUAUGACACCGCUGGACAGGACGACUAUGACAGGCUACGACCCCUUUCAUAUCAAGAAGCCAAUCUGGUUUUAGUCUGUUUUGAUGUCACCAACCCGACCAGUUAUGACAAUGUCUUGAUAAAGUGGUUUCCAGAGGUGAAACACUUCUGCAGAGACACUCCUGUCGUCCUGAUUGGCUGCAAAACCGAUCUGAGGAAGGACAGUGAGUGUUCAAGGAAACUGAAGAACAUGAACCAGACGCCCAUCACAUCCAUACAGGGUGAAGAUGCUCGACAGCAGAUGAACGCUGAACUCUACCUGGAAUGUUCAGCCAAGUAUCAGGAGAACGUGGAGCACAUUUUCAGAGAAGCCACCAAAACGGCCUUGGCCUUCAUUAAAAAACAACGAAACUCUAGGAAGAUUAAGAAAUGUGUGAUGUUGUGAAACCUACACAAAAGGUUCCAGAUCUGUGGUGUUUUACCAGGUGACAACAGUUUCACUCAUGUUCAGAGUGGUUUAUAUUCAGACUCACUGUGGAUAAAAGAAUAAAAUACCAUCAGUCCACCGGUUUGGACUCAUAUCCAAGGAAACGUCUGAUGAUGCAGCAGGAAAACCAAGUUUACAGGAAUAUGCAGCAACAAGAUUUUAUAUAUGCAAAGAACAACUGAUAUGGUGUCUAUUCAGAAUAUUUGCAUUAGAUAAAAACUGUGAAAUAUUGUCCAAAUUAGAUUUAUAUGAGUGUGUUUCUUUUAAUAUUUUUUUUUUCUUCAUAUUUUUGUAUUGUUGAAAAAAUGUGGAUUUAACAGAAAAGUAUAUUUAUGAUAUUUUUGCACACAGUCAAUAUCAAUGUGAACAUGAAUAUCACCGUUCUGGUCCAAGGUUUUUCACACUGAAUAUUGUAUAAACCUAGAAAAUGUAGUUCCCAGACAUGAGUGUAAAAUGUGUAAUAUGUAUGUUUGUAUCCUGAGGAGAAAACUGGUGUGCAAUUUUUUAAAACCAGUUUGAAGUGGAUUUAGUCUGGGAUGUGUUCAACCUGAGGUGGGUCUAAUCUGCACCAACAGCGCCCUCUACUGUUGGAAAACACAGAAAUUGACCGUCUUUUUAAUCUGAAGACGCCACUGAAACAAACACAUCUGUGCAGAAAUAUUGGAAAUCAAGUGUUUAAUUCUUAAUAUUUUUACACCAUUGAACACAGACUGAGAAUGUGUCGACCGUCUCAUCCUACUGAUCAUAUCCAGGCACCAGUUGCAGUCUUAAAAAUAAAAGACAACAUGGACUCAUCAGCUACAUCAUACAAAUGAGGAAACCCGGUUCUGUGCAUGUUAUGUUCUGGCAGCUUUCAUCAAAUGUAACAUGGUCUGUAACAGCACACUUUACUGUCCCUUCAAUAAAAGUCUUACAUAUACUGUGA